AUGGGCGUGCCGCACCCGCCCCGCCUGGAGGAGCCCAGAGCAGCAGCGGCGGCGGCGGCGGCAGCGCCAGCGGAGGGCGACCCCGUCGUCCUCACGCAGGUCAUCUCCAAGCCCUACACGACCUUCACCGCCAUCGUCACCCUCGGCCCGGGCAACCCCAGCGUCCUGCCCACCAAGCCCCCGGAGCCCACCACCGCCACCACCGCCUCCCGGGGUCCCGAGACGACGACGGGGACGACGACGGGCGGCGGGUCGGUCUCGGGGGCGGCGGGGCCCGACGGGGGAGCCGCCGGGGGCGGGGGCAGCCUGAGCGGCGCGCAGAUCGGGGCGCUGCUGGGCUCGAUACUGGGGUUCGUGGUGCUCGCCGUCGCGGCGUGGUACUGCGUCGGGCGGUGCCGGCGGCGGCGGUGGGACGGCGACACCAGCAGCGGCAGCGACGACGACGGCGGCGGGGACUCGAGCGGCGGGGGCGAGGGCCGGGAGGGCAUGGCCGAGUAUUACAUGUACGGCGGGGGCCAGUACGGGCAGUACACGAGGGCGCCGCCGAUACGCCGCGUCGUGGUGAAUUGA